CCAAUUGCGAAGGUCUGGUUAUGAAGAGACGGGGCAAGUGCAAAUCAGAUAAGUUGGAGCGGCACAGCACGAAUCCGAUUAGGCGGCAUCGUUCUUCAGCGUCGGCGAAUCGACUGUUGAAGUGCAACGAGUGCACUGGACAGGAUGGCUCACAGUGGAAGAUGCUGUGUGCAGCUGCAGCGAUACGGAAAUGCGUCACAUUUUGUUCUCCAGGCAGUGGAAAGUACUGUCGUGGUAUUGAGGAUAUAUUCGAAGCCCCGCUAGACAAAUAAUAGCCAGCGCCCACGAGAAUUUUCACUCGAUUGAGAGACUUUUACACGGGAAGAAAGACGGGGGUAUGAUGAGUGAUGGCCCUGAUGGGAGGGUGUUCCUUCCCAACCGCAACCGAACAUCUGCUCGAUAGAGACGGAUGAAAUCACUGUUUCAGAGGGGUUCAUAAAAUCUUCACAGAGUGGGCGAGCAACGUAACCUUCCCCAAUAAUAAAUAAACACUUGAAACGAAACCAUGAUCUUCAAGCGGAUGAAACAUUUUACCAGUUCCGAGUAAUGCCUCAGAUUAUCCGACAGCUUCACUUUCCAAUAGGCUUGGUUUGUUUACAAACAUCCUUAUCUCGCAGAAGUGCAUCGUUCGAAGGAUGAAUGUUCAUCCUUUCUUAUCUCCCAAACAAAUAUCGUUUGCGUCAGGAUUCAAUCAAAAGUCGUCCAUCAGCUGAAAGACUUCUUGGCCGCCACUGCCCAGCAACAGAUGGAAAAAUCCCAGCGUCAAUGGAAUUUCACCGCGCAGCGCCAAUGUUCAAUGGAGAAUUGAUGGCGAGGCAAUGUAGCAUCUAGACCAGUAUCCAGACGAGAAAUCACAAUUUCUGCACAAUAGCCGGGACAGGAUAAAUAGUCCGCUCGCUGGGUGUCACGUAAGGUAUGGAGGAAAUGUGGUGGUGAAUUUAGGAGGAUCUGCACUGGAAGAUACCAGGGCGGGCAAUAAAAAAGGGCUGAUAUAUUGUAUCCAGCAGUCCCAAAUCUGGUAGGCCGGUAGUGCCGAGCCCGCUGGACCAAAUCAAUGGCAUUGCACGAUGCUUGGCUGCUGGGACGUCUCGUAAUAGGCGAGACGUGAAGCUGUUGAAGGGGG